CCGGGCUUCCUGUGCUCCCUCGGCGCUGCGUGGUCCUGCGCUCUGAGUUCCUUGCGGUUGGCGGCUUAGGCAGCGCGCCCUGUGCACACCUAGGAAGGUCAGAGUGCGUGUGUCCAUCCCUUUGCUGUGCACCUGAAAUGACCGCAGCAUCGCCGAUCACCUGUAAGGUUCUUGGGAAGAUGGACGAGACCUGUGAAAUGAAAUACAAAGUGAUGGACAGCCCUCUGGGGAAGCUGGAGAUCUCUGGUUGUGAGCAGGGUCUGCAUGGGAUAAAGCUGCAUGGCGGGAAGACCCCAGACACUGGGCCCACGGACGCCACCGCUCCUGCUGAGCAGCUCGGAGGUCCCGGGGCAGUGCAGCCCCUGCUGCAGUGCGCAGCCUGGCUGGAUGCCUAUUUCCGUGAGCCCGCGGUCCUCGAGGGGCUCCCCGUGCCCGCGCUGCACCAUCCCAUCUUCCAGAAAGAGUCAUUCACCAGACAGGUGUUAUGGAAGCUGCUGAAGCUUGUGAAAUUCGGAGAAACGGUUUCUUACCAGCAAUUAGCAGCCCUGGCGGGCAACCCCAGAGCAGCGCGGGCCGUGGGAGGAGCCAUGAGGAGCAACCCUAUUCCCAUCCUCAUCCCGUGCCAUCGAGUGGUUUGCAGCAGCGGGGCCAUGGGCAACUACUCUGGAGGCGUGGGCGUGAAGGAGUGGCUGCUGGCCCACGAGGGCCAUCCUGCCGGGAAAGUGGCCCGUGGAGGGGGCUCCUGUGCCACCGGCUCCUGGCACGGGGCCCUGGGCAACACCACCAGCUCCCAGCCCACUGGCCGAGACUGAGUGUGUAUGGGCAGCUUG